AUCUCACCGAUGCUUACCAACUUUAUGUUCUAUAUUAUGUUGAUGGAGGAGAAGGCGGAAAUAAUCAAAACUUUGACAUUUGUACAGAAAUUAAAUGUCCAGUUAAAGCUGGAACAAAAUUUGAAAUGAAACAGAAUGCUCUAGUUCCAGGUUUACCUCCAAAUGGUUACGGUAUAGAUGUUGGAAUUUAUAAUAAGGAUUAUUCUAAAAUGGAUUUGAUAGCCUGUGCGAGUGCUCAUGUAUAG